CUCUUUUACAAAGCUACAUUUUACUACACGAUGCUGCAUUACAAGUGAUCACUGCAGGAGGACAGGUUAUCUACAAUCUUUGUACGUUUUCCACAAGUACCUAGGGACCCAUGCAAUGGACGGCCGCAAAAUGGCCACAUCAGGCCUCAGACGCCGAGAUUGUCCCUUGUAAAGGCCUUGGGGGACAUAACCGGAGCCUGGGGAGGCUUCAGCAACCAUCAGAUCUGAAAUCAAGUGACCUGGGAACAAGAAACGGCCCCCUCAUUACGGACCGGAUCAAAAAAUAAAUUUAGCCCGGGGAUUGGGCCUACCAUGGAGCUCCGGCUUGAAAACGAUAGGCCCCUUCAACAUAACUUUGCAUCUGUUUCCUCCUCUGUGGUCUGGCCACACUACACCAGCACCAGCAACUGCAAGAACCCCCCAUCAAAGCAAGGUUAUUAGGCCUACCACAAGGCCAAAGCCUCCUAAAAAGUGACAGUAAGCACCUCUCAUUUUUCUUUACUCCCCAGUAUCUCACUAGAGACAAACAUCUAACCUCCCCUUACCACUACUCCUUGUUUGCUAAUCUUAAUCUCAGUUUAUCUGCCUCAAUAAUACAAAAAGACCCUAACAGCUUCCUGCAGUUUCCACAUUAAAUAACCUGUAUAGGCCCAAACACUCCUGAGCCCACAAGAUAAAAUGCCAAAACCUAUAUCAGGGAAAUCAAAUAUUAUGUCCUCCUUUUUACAGUGUCCUGACUCCGUGAAUACCUCCUCUACUAGUCACAAACCUAAUGAAAAACCCCUGCAAGUACAGACACAAGAACCCCAAUCUAGUAAAAACCUACCAGUCUCCAAAUUUCUUGCAAAACUUACCAUCGAAGCAAGACAUAGUCCGCUCUUGCAUCAGAGAAGAGUUGGAGGAGUUGAAACAAGAUAUCCACAUGCUAGGCUUUAAGUUUGAAACCUUGGAAAGCAAUCAAGAUAUCAUUAAAGAAGAUGUCAAUCAGCUGACAGAACAAUUAACCUCUCAGCAAGAGACCAUCCUUUCUUUUCAAGAUAAGCUUGAUGAUUUGGAAAACCAAAGCAGGUGCAAAAACAUGCUUAUUAGGGGAGUACCUGAGUCAGUACUGCCAAGAGACUUUCCUGUCUAUCUUCAGGACUUGUUCCAUCAUCUAAAAGAUCAUUCCUACACUGAUGACAUUCCUUGGAUCAGAGCUCACAGAACCCUGAGACCAAAGCCACCGUACUCGGCCCCACCAAGGGACAUCGUGAUCCACCUCAAGAAAUUUCAGGAGAAGGAAAUGAUUCUAAAUCAAGCCUGCAAAAACAAGCCUGUGAGGUUCAGAGGCAAUGUCCUGCAGUUCUUCCAGGAUUUGUCAACCCACACUCUACAACGUAGGAAGGAAUUUUUACCCCUCACCACCCUGCUGCGGAAUAAAAGAAUCCUGUAACCUCUGGACAAUUAGCAAUAGCACCCGUAUAGUAUGCAAGAAUCCAGAAGACAUUACAACCUUUUGUGGAACACUUGGACUUGACCCCCCCUCAGACACCCCCCCCCCCCCUCUGAGCCACAGAGCUCUCAAACCCCCAAAAGACAGAACACUCCAGGAGAAUCCUGGCAUACUGCCCUACCUAGAAAGAGUAAGCCAAAAGAUGCCACCAAUAGAAGACACACUACCACCAGUUCUGCUUCCUCUAACGCCUCACCAUAAUGAACUUCAUAUCCCACACUUUCUGUGCUGUAACGACAGGACUUGAUUACUGAGCGAUGUCUUCUCCUUGGGAUGGGCAAGUAACAUCAGCGUUCAUAUAAACCAUGUCAUAGUAUAUCUCACAAACCCAUGUUACCCCCAGAUACGGAGGCCCGCAUACCAUAUCAUACUUUCCUACAUUUCAUACCCCUCCCCCUCCUUUAACAUAUAUCCACCAUUCGCCUCCCUUCCUUCUCCUCUCCCUCCCUCCCUACUUCCCAAUCCCCCCCUCCCUCCCAGGAGCCCGAUUAAGAUUCCCAAUUAUGUAAAAUUAAUAAACUUCUAAUACCCACAUAGGGCGUAUUGUCGUUACUCCCCCGAACUAUUCUCAUAUAUGCCCUAUAAUAGGAAGAGAGACUUUUUUGUUUUAUUUUAAUGUAUUCACGUUUGU